UUUUUUGUUUUUCAAGACAGGGUUUCUCUGUGUAGCCCUGGUUAUCCUGGAACUCUGUAGACCAGGCUGGCCUCAAACUCAGAGCUCCCCUGCCUCUGCCUCCCCAAGAGCUGAGAUUAAAAGUGUGCACCCCCAUCGCCUGCCCGGCUUCUCACCCACAAUAUAAAUUCAGGGCGAAUGAAAUCAAGAAUUCUUCUUUCGAUUUUCUAUUCCGAGCGGCUUCUUUUCUCUGAGCUCUAGGGAGGAGAUCCACAGCCAACUUUCUUGGCUUGAUUCUCAGCUUGAUUCCUUAGGGGGUGUUUCCCUAGAAACAAGGAACUUUUCUUAGGCGGUGUGGUGCGUCUCUGGAAUGCAGUCCUCGUUAGCGAGCCUCAGAUGCUUUGGUGAUGCUGGAUAAGGGGACUCCACACUGUAGUAUGGCUUAGGUAAUACUGGAUAAGGGAAACUCACGCCGUCCACAGUAGUAUGUAGUGUUACAGGAAGCCAAAAAUUAGAUUCACAGACACAGUGAUAAGGAUCAGAAACCGGCACAAUGAUGUCAUCCCCACCAUGGCCCAGGGUGUGACUGAAUACAAGGAGAGCUUCGGGGUGGAUCCUGUCACCAGCCAAAAUGUUCAGUACUUUUUGGAUCGGUUCUACAUGAGUCGCAUCUCAAUUAGAAUGCUACUCAACCAGCACUCUUUAUUGUUUGGUGGAAAAGGAAGUCCAUCUCAUCGAAAACACAUUGGAAGCAUAAAUCCAAACUGUGAUGUAGUCGAGGUUAUUAAAGAUGGCUAUGAGAAUGCGAGACGGCUUUGUGAUUUGUAUUACAUUAACUCUCCUGAACUAGAACUUGAAGAACUAAAUGCGAAAUCACCAGGACAGCCAAUACAAGUGGUUUAUGUUCCGUCCCAUCUCUAUCACAUGGUGUUUGAACUGUUCAAGAACGCAAUGAGGGCCACCAUGGAGCACCAUGCAGACAAAGGCGUUUAUCCCCCGAUUCAAGUUCACGUCACACUGGGGGAGGAGGAUUUGACUGUGAAGAUGAGUGACCGGGGAGGUGGUGUUCCGCUGAGGAAGAUCGACAGACUCUUCAACUACAUGUACUCAACUGCACCCCGGCCUCGUGUUGAGACGUCCCGUGCGGUGCCCCUGGCUGGAUUUGGUUACGGAUUGCCCAUAUCACGCCUCUAUGCACAGUACUUCCAGGGAGACCUAAAGCUGUAUUCCUUAGAGGGCUACGGGACGGAUGCUGUCAUCUAUAUUAAGGCUCUGUCAACGGAGUCCAUCGAAAGACUCCCUGUGUAUAAUAAAGCUGCCUGGAAGCAUUACAGAACCAACCACGAGGCUGACGACUGGUGUGUGCCCAGCAGAGAGCCGAAAGACAUGACGACGUUCCGAAGCUCGUAACUGCACAUGGGACGCCUGGCAAAGCCAAAUGUGGUUUUUGCCAAACUUGGAAGAGAGAUGUAUUUGGAACCACAUUGUACCAAAUAUGUCAUGUGUGAUUUUUCACAAUCAGUGUUUGCUAAAGCUCCUAAAGGAUCAAUUAUAGCAACUUUAUUCUGAUAUGUUUUGUUAAUUGGGCGUGUUUUUUUUUUUUUUUGAACGCACAUAAUUUUGGUCAGCUUCCCUUGGUGCGGUAUGGAGUGUGAAGUCCCUGGUUUCUGUAGGAAGCUCAGUGUUUCUUCCAGGUUUUCCUUUAUAUCCUCUAGAAGCGCCUGAAGAACGUGGAGGAGCUGGUUAGCGGCCUCUCUGCUUUUGGAGUUCUGUCAUCCGUGAGUGGUGACACCUAAUCAGAUGGUCGUCUUACCUCCCACGAAGCAGAACACAGCAGUCAGUUAGAAGCCACACAGAUCGUCCGAGUGCUGAAAUUAAUUGAUCAUGGCGUCCUUUUAUUGCAGUGGAUCGUAACGACUGGCUCCCCAUGGAGCAAAACCCAGAGCAUGAGUAGCGAGCUUCUAGUCAACGAGAGGGACUUUCUUUAAAAACAGAGUCUCACUGGGUAGCCCCAGCUGCCUUGAGUUUACCCUUGGCGUCCUGAGAGCUGGGAAGGGUGUGCCACCACAUCUGGCUUAGAAGAGAAAUGUCAUCCCCAAAGCCAGCCACGUGCCAGCAGAGAAUAAACUGGGAGGCACCAAGCAGCCAGACCGAGCCGGCUGACUGUUGAGAUUUUCUGAUUAUCUGAGCUUUUGACGAGAGUGAGUUUCUCGGGAGUGAAUAGUGACUACUGCUGUUGCCAGAGUGACAGACUGGAUUGGGAAGCGUGGGUGCCCCAUUUUCAGGUCAGGUUGCUACACUUCCAGGGGACAUAAUCUGACUCUCAGGCCUGGUGCAGUCUAAAGUGUUAGCAGCUGGGGGAUGAUGGUCAUCACAAGAGGUCAGAUGACAAAGGUUCAGCCACCUAGGUUUUAAGUGGCGACUAAGGACAUAUACUUUUCUAAACUAUCCAGGUUUUUUUAAUCAAAGAAAAGUCCGUUUAUAUUGACUACAGAAUCCCUUUGCAGCUAGCUGUGUGGUGAUUGAAAGUCUGCAACCAGUGCUUUGGUGUACUGAUGGUAUUUGUGUCGAAACAGAACUAUGGAGCAGGUACGACAGCUCGGUUCUCUCUCAGUGACCCGAAGUCACACAGAAUUGGAGCCACAGCCUGAGCUAUCUCUGCUGAUCACCAUCCACUGUCUGGAAUAUUCUUACCUCUCUCUUAAGCAAUGGAGAACUCCUUGGGAAACACGCUUCGCCACUUACCUGGAGGGAUCUGGGGGUUUGGUUUGGAAAACAUCGUGAGUUGAAACAUGCCACUCUUGACAGGAUUUACCCAAUUAUCACUCUGUGCCCCAUAAAUAUAUAUACAUAUAUAGUACAAAAGCCAAGUCAUGCAACAUGGCACAGAAGAGGAUUUUGAUACCAAAUGAUAGGGACGUGUAGUCUGAGCUCCAGGGUGGCCAGGCCAGAAUCCUUAUGUGAGAGGUGAGGAGCCUGGAACUUGUGUCCUAUUGGCCCAGGGCUUUUUAACUAAUACUACCAAAUGUCGGAAAAUACACACCUUAUCCCUGCUGUUCCUAAUCGAGGACUUUGUAAGAAAUAAUAGACUCUGUUCAUGAGUGACAUUUACUCAGUGUAUCGCACUUACUAGCUUUAAAUUACAUUUUACUGCAAUGGUGAAAUAUUUUGGAAUCUUUUGUACAACCGUCAAUAAACGUACUAUUUUUAAUUUGUGAAAUACUUUGCCCUCUCCAAGGAAUUAAAACAUGCCUCCCCCCCACCCCCUGCCGCCUAAGAGCUAAGAAAAUGCUUUCAGACAGGAAGUAGAAUUAUUUGAGUUCAGCUUCGUUUUAAGAUAUAGCACCUUUUUGCUUUGUUGUUAUUAUGGUGAUGGUUGGAACCUGAAUGGGACAAAGCUCUGGGGGAGGCUUUUCAGAGUUGCUUUUAAAGAUACCUUAAAGGGUUUUAGAUUCAUAGGGUGAGCCAUUUUGUCUGCCGGUAUUUGUUCUGUGGUUCGGGAUAGGUAUGAAAAUAGGUUUGGCUGUUGGGGAAUGGACAGCAAGUGAUUUUUAUAAGCUGGGUAGUUAACGAGUGUGCCAGUGCAUUGUAGGAAAGGGUUGUAAGACUAUUCCACACUAAUAUCAAAUGCUGGCUGGUUUUGGUGCCUUUACACUUAAUAAGGGUCAGUGUCUUACACUGUGAAGUUUCUACGCGAAGGCAUAGGAGCAGAAUUCUACCGCACCGUAAGACAUUUUUGUGGUUGACAGUAAAAUGAACACAUGGGUCGGCUUUUUCAAAGAAUAAAUUUGAGUCACUUAAGGAUUUUGGAAAUGCACUCAUGUCUUUUAGACAGUGGUCCCGGGGUUGGGGAUUUAGCUCAGUGGUAGAGCUCUUGCCUAGCAAGCGCAAGGCCCUGGGUUCGGUCCCCAGCUCCGAAAAAGAAAAAAAAAAGAAAAGAUAGACAGCGGUCCGUUCAAGGCUCAGUAUCUGUAAAGGUUCAAGAAAUUGUAGCUGUUGCCAGCCCAGUGGCUCAGCAGGUAAGCACAAGGUCAUCAAGCCUGGGGGUUAGGGUUGGAGGUCUCUCCUUGACACAUACGGUGGAAGGAGAGAAAGAACCAACUGCCCCGUUAGUUGUCUUUGGACCUCCACAUGUGCACUGUGCACGUGAGCAUCCCCUACACAGGCCACACUAAUAAACCCCAGCUGUAGCUAGGCGCCUUGCACUCUCCUAGCACGGUGUCUGAAGCAAGGCUUCCACUGUCUCUAGCCUAAUGAGGAAACCCCUAAUGGGGUGUAUGUGGUUUGACUCACCAUAGAUUUUCUUUUUCUGAUAAACUGCCAAUGGUUGACAUGUACUGGAGAACUGGUGGAUAAUUUUGAAAAGCUGUAUGAAUAAGUAAAUUGUCCACAGAAAUAAUUGUAGAGAGGGGUUUAACUUAACCAGCACUGCCUUCUAUUAAUACUGGUGGAAUCUCUAACUUAGGUAGUCAAGACAGAUGAUGUGCUAUCCCCUGUUGAUAGCAUGGAGUGGCCAUACCUUCCUUUCACUGUUUGAGCCAGUAGGGUCCAGCUGCCACACACCUGUAGGGAUCUCUGAACUUAGGCCAGCCUGGUCGGCCUAGGGAGCUUCCGAUUAGCCAAGGCUACGUAUAUAGACCCCGUGUGACGAAUGUUUUUAAGUCAACAAGGUCCCAAACAACUACAGAGGGAGGAAAAAGAAUUGUCUGGUUCUGUGGCUAAUUAGGGAGGAACCCCAGCCUUUGAGUUUAUAUCAUCAGUUUUACAAGGAAAUACAAAGCUUGAAAGGUCAGGGGGCUAGGAUUAAAUUUGGUUGUUUUUAUUGAAAACUUCUCAUUAUAUCUGAUUACCUUGUGGUCUCAAUACUAUUAUUAAUUUUCUCACAGUCAAACCCAAGACACUAAAAAAAAAAAAAAAAAAAGAAUUAAUGCUUUGUGAAGGAAAAUGAAUGUGUUCCUAUUUUUCAUAAUCCUGGCAUUCUUAAAUUACUGUAUCAUUAGUCCUACUUUUGUGUUUGCAAAGAAUUAAACAUUGUAUUGUCCACUUU